AUGUACCACUUCAUCAGUGGCUACACUGCUCUGGUAAAUUCAACUUCUCUAUUUGUACUCGUGAACACGUUACCGGAACUGAAGAUGGUAUCAAGGAGCCAACAGCAACAUUAUCAGCGUGCUUCGGUGCUAAUGUUGCAUCCUACUAAGUAUGCAGCAAUGCUGGCUGGUCCGGUGGAAGGAAAGUGCAUUAAGUUGCCCUACACCAGGAAAAUCAUUGACGCCAUCCACUCUGGCAGCCUCUUAAACGCGAAGUACAAGAAGAUUGAAGUGUUUGGACUUGAAAUCCCUUGGUCGGACAUGAAUGCAUACAAUGAAACUCUGAUGAAGCUGGCUGGCCUCUUCAAGAGGAACUUUGAGACUUUCACAAACUACAAGAUUGGGAAGGACAACAAGCUGACCGAUGAGAUACUUGCGGCCGGACCAAAUUUCUAA